AUGCGGUCUGGUCAAGAUCCUGCCCUCGACGAACACUUCCGCAAGGUCGUCCAGCAGAUGACCACCCUCAACUCUGCCGUGGCGCUCAUUGUGGAGGACUUCCAAGUUCACAUAGGCAAGCUGAUGCCAGCAUUCAAGCGUCGUCUGGAGAGGAACCAGGACCAUCCCGACCAGCUUCACCCUUUGCUGGUCGCGUUGGUGGCGGCGGCAGAUGAGUUUGACGUGAUCGCCAAAGGGUUCUUCUGCAGCUAG